AUGUCCUUCAAUGAAUCGGCAUCCAUUCCCACAGGUCUCACGUACGAUGAUGUCCUCAUAAUCCCGCAGCACAGCCGGGUGACCUCCCGCAAGGAGGUGAAUACCACCACUCGACUCUCGCGUAAUGUAAAACUCAGCAUUCCUAUCGUUGCCAGUAACAUGGACACGGUGUGUGAACAGCGGAUGGCGGUCGCCAUGGCUCGUGAGGGGGGUAUUGGUAUUUUACAUCGCUUUUGCAGCAUUGAGGAGCAGUGCGCGAUGCUGCGGGAGGUGAAGCGCGCACAGUCCUUCCUUAUUGAGAGCCCCCGCAUAAUUUUGCCUCACGAAACGGCUCGUGAGGCAUGGGAGGGGUUGAACUGGAAGGGGCGCGUGGGUGGCGUGGGUUGCCUAUUGGUUGUGAACUGCAAGAAUGAGCGCAAACUGUUGGGCAUAAUCACCAGACACGAUCUUAAACUCGCUGACGAGAGCACGACAGUGGAAUCACUAAUGACGCCCGUAGACAAAAUGGUGGUUUCGACGAAUACAUCCAUAUCGCUGGAGGAGGUAACGCACUUGAUGCGGAAGGGGCGCACGGCAAACGUUCCUAUCGUUGGGCAAAACGGUCAGUUGCUGUACCUUGUGACUCUCUCUGAUGUUGUGAAGUUGAGAAAGAACAAACAGGCGUCGCUUGACUCCCGUGGUCGCCUUCUUGUCGGGGCUGCCGUGGGUGUGAAGAAAGACGACAUGAACCGCGCCAUCAGACUCGUGGAGGCUGGUGCCGAUGUUCUUGUGGUCGAUAUUGCACACGGACACAGCGAUCUGUGUAUCAAUAUGGUAAAGCGCCUUAAGGGGGACCCGCGCACCGCUAGUGUGGAUAUUAUCGCCGGGAACAUCGCGUCAGCCGAGGCUGCGGAGGCGUUAAUUGAUGCUGGUGCCGAUGGGCUGAAAAUUGGUGUCGGUCCUGGGAGUAUUUGCAUUACCCGCCUCGUUGCUGGCGCCGGUGUGCCUCAACUAAGCGCUGUGUUGGCAUGCACGCGGGUGGCACGUCGCAGGGGUGUACCUUGUAUUGCCGAUGGUGGACUGCGGACGUCCGGGGAUAUCAGCAAGGCGAUUGGUGCUGGUGCUGACACUGUGAUGUUGGGAAAUAUGCUCGCUGGAACGGACGAAGCUCCGGGUCGUGUGCUCGUUAAGGAUGGGCAGAAGGUCAAGAUCAUUCGGGGGAUGGCGGGAUUCGGUGCCAACCUAAGCAAGGCCGAGCGGGAACGAACUCAGGAUGAAGAUGUCUUCUCAUCUUUGGUCCCUGAGGGUGUGGAGGGGAGUGUGGCGUGCAAAGGGCCCGUUGGGCCAAUCGUUCGACAGCUGGUAGGUGGUUUGCGCUCCGGUAUGUCAUACAGCGGUGCCAAGUCGAUCGAGGAGAUGCAGCGGAGGACGCGUUUCGUGCGCAUGACGGGCGCUGGUCUGCGUGAGAGUGGAAGUCACGGUGUUGCCAAACUUUAA